UCUUGAGAAUGGUAGACGUUGCAACUAUUUUGUAGUGUGUAAAACCCACUCUCAAUCUCCAUAUACUCACAAAGUUGCAACAUGGAUGUGGAAGAAUCAAGAACCCAAGGUCAAAAAAAGCAAAACAACGUUCUUCCUCUGUGGGGAAACGAAAAAACCAUGAAUCUAAACAGCAUGAUUCUAACAAAUGUGCUGUCGUCGCCGUACUUCAAGAACGAACUUUUCCAGCUGAAAACCUAUCACGAGGUGGUUGAUGAAAUUUACUACAAGGUGGAUCACCUUGAACCAUGGGAGAAAGGCAGCAGAAAAACAUCUGGACAAGUUGGGAUGUGUGGAGGGGUUCGAGGAGUUGGUGCUGGUGGGAUUGUAUCAACCUCAUUCUGUCUUCUCUAUAAGUUAUUCACUUUAAAACUAACUCGCAAACAGCUUAAUGGCUUGAUAACACAUGUUGACUCUCCUUACAUCAGAGCAUUGGGUUUCAUGUUUAUCAGAUACUGCCAACCUCCUGCAAAGCUAUGGGAAUGGAUGGAACCAUACCUAGAGGAUGAAGAGGAGAUUGACCCUAAAGCUGGCGGAGGCUGCACCAUGACUGUUGGACAGAUGGUCAGAAGUUUCUUGCUGAAGUUGGAAUGGUACGGAACCUUGUUUCCUCGCAUUCCUGUUCCCGUUCAAAAGGAUAUCGAGAUAAAACUGCGGGGGAAGGGACUGUGUGAUGACCACAAGCGUACUGCGCAAGACGGCUGGGGCGAGGCGGAGGAGUUUGCUAGGCGCGCCCGCGGAGAAAGCCCCUCAAGGAGUCGACAAGAUGAAGAGGAAGAUCGUCAACGAAAACCACGUCGAAGCCGAAGCCGAAGUCGCGAUCGUGAUCGUGAUCGUGAGCGGGACAAAAGACGAAGUCGAAGUCGCGAUCGUGAUCGUCACAGCUCCCGAAGACAAAGUAAGGAACGCCGAAGUCACGAACGAAGACAGGAUGAAAGCAGGGAUCGUGAUAGAAAAAAGAGGCGAAGUCGGAGUCGGAGCCCGAACAGACGAAGUAGAGACGACGACAGAAAAAGAAGAAGUCGUAGUCGGGAUAGAAACCGAGAGAAGAGACGAAGUGCUGAUCGAGAAGAAUCGCGGGGAAAAAGCAGUAAGGAAGAGAAAAGAAGCCGAGAAAGGUCGCGCAGCAGAUGAAACAUUUUUAACCUGUUGAUCAAAAUAACUCAUAUGCUCCAAGCUUGCGCCAUAUAGUUUCAAAUGUACAAACCAUGGAAUACCUAAUGCAUGUUUUUAUACUUAUAUAGUGAAUGUGAGUAAUUUGCUCCAGUGUUGCGCGCAUGUUGAUCAAACAUUUUUUUUUUCUUCGACGAACAUCCUAUGUCUUGUAGGGCAUGGCUAUUUUAAAGACAUCUCAAAAGGCUUGUAGCUGGCUCUUUACUGCUAGCUUACUUUAAAUUAACAGAGCCAAGCAGCAGUCGCAUACACUUUUCAUGGAAACUUUGAUAUUUUCAGUGCCUUUUCUGCGUUUCAGUAUAAAGGAAACCGACUCUUUACCCUAGUAAGUAAUAAUGGAAGACUUCUAUAGUAGAAAAAUAUCGUUUUCUUUUAACUACGUGUACUCGUAUUACUCUUUAACUUCGUAAACGGCCGUUACAUGUCUUCCGUAUAUAUUCUUGGUUGAACUGUGGAUGGUUUCCAACCUAGUCAGUUCCAGGAAUGUUUUAAAAGCAGUUGCUUCUUCCAAUAUCAGUUCAUUUUCAACUGUAAAGGUGAUUAGAAGAAAGAUGAGUAUAUUUUAGCGGGAUAUUGCUACUAAGGGCUAAAAUUCCAAAAAAAAUGUUUGGCAGACAGUUUAUAGAAUCUUAUUCUUAUCUUGGAAGUGAUGGAGGUAGUUACUGUCGUAUUAAACUGCGUUGAAAUGAAAUUAAUUCUUCCUUUCAUAGCGAACUACCCCUUAACUGUUUUCAGUAGUCCGAAUUUUAGACUACUCGCCUGUGGUGGAGUCUAGUGCCUCUUACUUUUGAUGUUUUUAGGAACGUUUUUACAGAAACAUUAUGUCAGUGGUGUCUAAUUGUGUGCACGACUUUGUUCAGUAAUAUCUGAUUAUGGCGAGAUAUACUUAAUCUGUUAUUUGUUCUUGUUUUUCUUUCUAUCUUUCUUUUCUUUUUUUUCUUUUUUU